AGUUUUGGCUUGUAGACCCUAGUAGAGACCAGGAACACACCCAUCCGACAAACGCAACAGAGCAGCUCAGCCGCGCUCCCACCCACACACCGCCACCAUGGCGAUGCACAUCCCCAAGGUCGGCCUUCAGACCAUGAUGAAGGAUGGUGCCAAGCACUACUCUGGUCUCGAAGAAGCCGUGUAUCGUAACAUUAAUGCGUGCAAGGAGAUUGCCAACAUUAUCCGUUCCUCCUUUGGCCCCAAUGGCAUGAACAAGAUGAUUGUGGAUCACCUUGACAAGCUUUUUGUGACCAACGAUGCCGCCACUAUCAUCCAAAAGCUCGAUGUCGAGCACCCAGCUGCCAAGAUGGUCAUUGACGCCUCGGGCCAACAAGAGCACGAGGCUGGCGAUGGCACCAACUUUGUCAUUAUCCUGGCUGGCAAGAUGCUUGAAAAGGCCGAACACCUCUUGCGCAUGGGCGUGGCUGUGGCAGAUGUCAUUGCUGGUUUUGAGAUGGCCUGCGAAAAGGCUCAAGAGAUCCUCGAGACUCUUGUUUGUCACACUGUCGAGGAUCCUCGCGAUGUCGAGACGGUGGCCCAGGCCUUGGAAACGUGCAUUGGCAGCAAGCAGGCCGGUCUGGAACAGUUCAUUGCCAAGCUGGUGGCUGAAGCCUGCCUGCGCAUUCUGCCCAAGGAGGCAACACGCUUGCCUUUCAACGUUGACAACGUUCGCGUUUGCAAAAUCCUUGGCAGCGGUGUGACGAGCUCCACUGUCCUUCGCGGCAUGGUCUUCACUCGUGGCGCGGCAGGUGUCGUCUCCUCUGCCGAGAACGCGCGCAUGGCCGUGUACACGGCAGAUGUUGACUACGGCUUUACCGAGACGAAGGGUACAGUCCUGAUUAACUCGGCUGAUGAGCUGAAGCAGUACUCAAUCAACGAGGAACAACUCCUGGAGCAGAACAUCAAGGGCAUCAAGGAUGCCGGCGUUGACGUCAUCGUCACCAGUGGCAAGAUCGGAGACAUGGCGCUCCACUUUUGCAACCGCAUGGAUAUCAUGGUGGUCAAGACCAACUCCAAGUUUGAGCUCAAACGUCUUUGCCGCGCCACGCGCACCACCGCCUUGCCUCGCUUCUCGCCCCCCGCUCCUUCGGAGAUUGGUCAUUGCGAUCACGUCGAGCUCAAGGAGAUUGGUGAUACUACCGUAACGAUUUUCCGUCAAGACGACGUGCAGAGCGCCGUCUCCACGAUUGUGAUUCGCGGUGCUACCGCCAACAUCAUGGAUGAUGUCGAACGUGCCAUCGAUGACGGAGUCAACAACUACAAGGCCCUCACACAGGACGGCCGCUUUGUGCCCGGUGCGGGUGCGGCCGAAAUCGAGUUGGCCCUGCAGCUGUCCUCUUUUGGUGAUACUUGCGCUGGUCUGGAACAGUAUGCCAUCAAGGCCUUUGCAGAGGCGUUGGAGGUCGUGCCUCAGACUCUGGCAGAGAACGCCGGCGUCAAGCCCAAGGAGCUCGUGUCCAAGUUGUAUGCCGCUCACCAGGGUGGCAACAAGAACGCUGGCUUUGACAAUGACACUGAUUCCAGCGAGGACAUUAAGGACGUGGUUGCGGCCAACAUUCUCGACCUUUAUCACACCAAGCGCUGGGGCAUUACCUAUGCCACCCAGGCAGCGUGUACCGUCCUCCGUGUGGAUCAGAUCAUCAUGGCCAAGCGUGCCGGUGGCCCCAAGCCUCCCAAGCAGGGCAACUACGACGAAGAUUAAGGUCACAAGCGCCAAGACGUUUGUGAUUGAAACCUCAUGUACAGACACUGCAUCAGUCCGAAUGACUACCCCUGAAGACGGGAAGGGAGACGGCAUUUUCGCGCGCUCGCUCGAUUUGAAUGCCUGGCCGUUCUUGUUUUCUUUUUGCCAAACGAAAUUUAAAAGCCAAAAAAUCGAA